GGGAGGGGAGACCCUUCCAGACGGAGGCACGAGAGGAGGGGAUCUCUCCAGAGCAUGCGCACAAGCCGCCGGGCCUGAGAACUACUUUCCCAGAAGCCCGUGUCGUCAAAAAGGAAGGAGGGCGCCCGGGCCAUGUGACCUUGCUCCUUCCCUCUUCCCCGCUCCGAUCCAGAAAUCAGGCACUUCCGCAUCUCCAAGCCCCCCGGGCCGCUCCUCCCCGCGCGGUGCGGGCCCCAGCAGCGGCUCCCAGAUCCCAUCAGCAAGCCGCCAGUUGUCCACUUCUGCCUUUGGAGGACCAUGCAUUUCUCUAAGACUGAGGAAGCCUGAGGAUGAGGGAAUGGCCCCUGUACUCUUGACUAAGGCUCCCCAGCAGGAAUUGCUGACAUUCAAAGAUGUGGCCGUUGUCUUCACCCGAGAGGAAUGGGGGCAGCUGGUCCCUUCUCAGAAGGAGUUGUAUCGGGACGUGAUGCUGGAGAAUUACCGGAACCUGGUCUGCCUGGGACUUACAGAUACCAAACCAGAUGUGAUUCACCAACUGGAGCAAAGACAAGUACUUUGGAUGCCAGGGAGAGAAGGCCCAAGAAGCACCCGUCCAGAUUGGGAGCUUAACCCUCAAACGAAGCAGUCAGCUGCCAAGAAGGGCACCUCUGUGACAAAACCAUCUCACAAAAGAUCCAGGAGACGUGCUGACUUUGUCGCCAAGCUAGGAAACACCAGGGAAGAAGGCGACAGCUUAGAUAAACCAAAUCUUGAAGAGAAACCUUAUGAAUGUAAGCAUUGUGGGAAGGCCUUCCAACGGAAGACGGGACUUACUAAUCAUGAAAAAGUCCACAGAGGAAGCAAAUCUUUUAAAUGUAACAUCUGUGGGAAGGUCUUUCGUCGGAGUACACACCUUACUCGACAUCAGAGAAUUCACACUGGUGAGAAGCCUUAUGAAUGUAAAAGAUGUGGAAAGGCUUUCCAUAGGAGGACAGGACUUAAUGAACACCAAAAAAUUCACACUGGAGAGAAACCUUAUGAAUGUAAUACAUGUGGAAUGGCCUUUCGCUGGAACACGGGACUUCUCCGACAUCAGGCAGUUCAUUCUGGAGAGAAAUCUUAUGAGUGUAAUGUGUGUGGCUCGGCUUUCUUUGAGAGAAAAUCGCUUGUUCAGCAUCAAAGGAUUCAUACUGGAGAGAAACAUUAUGAAUGCAAAACAUGUGGGAUGGCCUUCUUCAAGAGGAAGUCCCUUACUCAACAUCAGCGACUUCAUACUGGAAAGAAGCCCUAUGAAUGCAAUACAUGUGGAAAGGCCUUCUUCUGGAAGACAGGCCUUAUUUGCCACCAAACAGUUCACACUGGAGAGAAACCUUAUGAAUGUAAUAAAUGUGGUAAGGCCUUUUCUCGCAAGGCAGGACUUACCCAACAUGCAACAAUUCAUACUGGAGAGAAGCGCUACAAAUGUAAGAAGUGUGGGACGGCUUUUCGUCAGAGCACUCAUCUUGCUCAACAUCAGAGUGUUCAUGCUGAACAGAAACCUUAUAAGUGUCAUGAAUGUGGAAAGUCCUUCUCCCGGAAGACGGGACUUAAUCACCAUGAGAAAAUUCAUACUUGAGAGAAAAUUUAGGAAUAAAAUGUAUAUGGAAAGGUCUUCUGCCAGAGUGCAUAACCUUUUCAACAUCAUAAAAUUCAUAUGGCAGCGCAACCAUUUGAUCUUGAAAUGGCUCUGAAGAGCAAAACACUCAUUCGAUAUCAGAGAAUUUAUACCAGAGUGAAAUUUCAUGAGUAUAAAGAUUUAUUAUAGUAAUGCUUAUCAGAAGUAUUUGAGCCAAAGUACAUAGAUAUUUCACUCAAAAAUUUAGAACUUAAAGAAAAUCUUCAAGAUCUGGCUAUUCCAAACUUUCUUUUUCUUAAGCCCCCACUCUUUUCCCUUCUUGUGAUUACAGAAAGUGUCUUAGAUGAUUCCCUGAGAACACUGAGAGCUCCUUCCCUCAGUUUCUUGACUCUAAGCUUCUGAGAAUCAUCACUGAUUUCUUCUUUCUGGUCGAUGAGACUAAAUAUACUUCGUGUGUGCUCUUUAUCCCUUUUUCUCCCACAUAUUGCAGGCCCUUCCUCUAGCACACACUCCUCCUAUGUGCUUUAUUUCUCUCCCCUCUUUGGUUCCUUAUCACCUGGCUAUAAAUAUGUUAUUCUCCUUUUAUAUUUAUGUUUUUUUCCCCACUCUUGGUAAUUUAGUGAAUACUUAAAAGCCUUGAUACACUCCAGUUGUUUGAAUGGGAAGGGAGAGUAUCCUGCCUCUUCCUUGCCUUUCCAGCACUGUCCUGAGGUGUGUCAGAUAAUCAAUUAUGGGGUGACUUUCAUUAUUCAGUAGAGCAGGACUGUUGUGCUACCGGGAGCCACCUGACAGUGGCUGCUGGAGAUCCAACACAGACCUGCAGAAUGGAUCUCCUCUUGUGAGAGGAUGA